GUCAAUGUCUUGUUGACAAAAAGUUACGGAAAUGGAGUACAUUUAGGUUCGAAUAAUCACAAAUGUAAUCUUUUUAUAUGAAACUAUACAACUAGCAGUUCUCGUCUCAACAAAAGACCACAAACAUACCAAACAAAUAAAUUUAAAAUGUACGGCUCGGAUGUCGUUUACUACAUAUCCCUAGUAAUUUGCAUAUCUCUCGGCAGCUGCUAUAAAAAAAUUAAUAAUAAUGAAAUGAAAAAGAAUUACGGAACGGGGCUCGGAUUAUUGCUCGUCUGUUUAAUAUGUGGAACCUCAAUUUAUCAUACCGUGUUAAUGGUAUGGGGUAAUAUCGUAAUUAUUAAAUGUUGCGACCGAAGAUAUUUACAUCAAAUCAGCAUGGCCUAUACGUGGUUGUAUUUGUUAUAUCUACAUUCGUACGUGAUUAACGAUUACGUUAUAUGGAUACAUCAAUCAAUGGCAUUAAAACUUGUCGGAUUAGCGUUUGAAAUGAAUGCGGUUCAUGUUAAGGCGGAAGGAAAGAGUCCUGUGUCGAAAAUUAAUCUUCGCGAUAUGGAUAACACUCCGCCUGACCCGAGCGCAGCAGAUAUCAUAGCAUAUGCGUUUUAUUUUAUUGGAAUCCAUAGAGGUCCUUAUUAUAGAUAUAAAAUAUUUAACGAUCACUUCCAAAAUACGUUUGGACUUUUAGGAGAUUGCAGAAUUAUAACUGAACAAAAACUUAAAAAAGCAUUAGUUUGCGUUAUGGGGUACAUAAUUAUAAGCAAGAAUUACUCUCCCGAGUUGUAUUAUAAAGAUAUAUUCUAUACAACCUAUGGGGCAGACUCUCGUUACCUGUACAAUAUUCCGCAGCUGGUGUUAAAUGUUCUCGAGUAUGAGGCUAUCAUGAUGUUGAGUACCAGUGUCUUCACAGAAACCGGCUUUGGAGUGUAUCCAGCUAAAUGUCAACCGAUACCUGGUUAUGGACCGAGUGCCCAAUUUAGUUUUCUUACACUAGCGUCCGCGUCUCCAGACAUAGCUAUUGAAGAGGAAUAUAACUUUUCGAUGCUAAAAUGUUUUGAUAACGAACGUUUGAUUCUUGGGCCAAAAAUGAGAAUGACGAUGAGAGCUUUUGACAUGCCUACUCGAUUCUGGUUUUGGGCUUACGUGCAGAAAAGCUUCAUAAAAUCCAAUAAGGAAGUCAGAAGCGCCUUUUCUUUUUUAGCAUGGACCGUGUGGUAUGGGCCUACGAUACCAAAGUUCAUAAUUUCCUCGACAUUGUGGGUGUACGUGCAUCUUGAAGAGGAGUAUAGCAUUUUGUAUAACACGUCUGGUCCUAUGAAGUUACCAUGGGACAUCGGUUUUUCGAUCAUGAGAAUGUUCUGCCUCCUGUAUCUGACGCCGUGUUUCACUGUUAAAGAUACACGUAUUGUACUUAGAUAUUAUAAUUCGAUAUUUUGGGUCUUCCAUUUUAUACUGCUGCUCAUGAUGAUCCUCUCCAUAAUACUGUACAAAACUAAACGUGAUUAGACAAUUUGAAUUUUAUUAUACAUAUUUUGGUACCAUAAAAGCGUUUUUAUUAAAAUAUCCACAGCAGCUUUAUCAUAAGUGGAUAAAUUAAAUUGUUAUCAUAGGAUUUCAAAAACUGAAUGUUACUGAAAGAAUUUAUAUGAAAAUCUACUUUUUAGUAUGGACUGGAUUAGAAUUCAGAUUAGGUUGAAUCGAAGGUGGUGAACGAACUGUCUUAGUAAUGGCCUAUUCACUCUAGUUUUGAACACAAAAAAAAAACAUACAUAUAUUGAGGCCUUACACAGAAUUGUAGAAUAUUAUUUAAUGGUUUAGUUAGUGACAAUAUGGUCUGUACUGUAGGUAAUCAACUCUGCUGAUAAACUGUCAGAAUCUGAAAAUAUAUAUUUUGUCACAAGAAGACCAUAGACAGUAAUUGGUGUAACAUGUCAAUAAAUAAAACAAAAAUAUAUAUAU